AUGCCGUGUGUUUGCAACGCCGCUACUGUUUAGACAACUUCCUACGUCGCCUGUUGAAGGGUUUUCCCAAAAUGUGAUCUAGCAGGAAACGAACGAUAUGGAUGCUGGAUUCAUAACUGACUGUUAGUGAGCGCAAAUCGGAAUCUCGUGCGAUCUGUAGAAGAAUCGAAGACCGACUCUUAUGCAUUGAGAGUUAGGUGCAGAUUUUUACCGAGGACUGAAUUGAUUGCACAAAUAAUAAACACGUCCAAGUUCAGGACCUGCAAACCUGCUUCAGUAGAAUACGUAGAACGUCAGUUUUUUUGGAGCCUGUCUUUAAAAUGGACUAUGCCAUGAGGACCCAUCAAUCCUUCUGCAUUUUUCUCCUUAUUGCUACUGUUACUACACAAGCUCUACAACCCACAAUGCAAGAUAAGAGCACCACGUGGCCUCAUCUGACUGGUUGCGUUUCCCGGGAAUUAACGACUUUUUGUUGCUACUGGGAUGCUGGAUCUUUCCAUAACCUCACAGAGCCAGAGGAUCUGAGACUUUUCUACCUGUUGAAGAUAGACUCUAAGAAAGGUGAAGGGGAAUGGAAGGAGUGUCCAAGUUACAGUAUCACAAGGCAAAAUGAGUGCUUCUUUAAUGCCAGUCAUACUUUUAUUUGGUCCUAUUAUACAAUUCAGCUGCGCUCACGGACACAAGAUUUUGUUUAUGAUGAAAUGUUCUUCAGUGUGGAAGAAAUUGUAUUUCCAGACCCACCUGAAGGGCUGAACUGGUCUUUGUUGAGCAUGAGCUCAACUGGCAUAAUCUGUGAUGUGGUAGUCAGAUGGGAGCCACCACCUUCAGCAGCAGAAAAUGUGAAGUUAGGAUGGAUGUUGCUUUUGUAUGAGACGCAAUACAGAGAGAAUGGCUCAGAGCAGUGGAAAUCUCUGGACAAUGGAAAGAACACUCAGGCAUACAUCUAUGGCCUUAACAGCAAUACUUAUUAUGAGGUCAGAGUGAGGUGCAAGAUGCGAGGCUACAACUUUGGAGAAUUUAGUGACUCCAUCUUCAUACUUGUUCCUGGCAAAGAAUCACGAAUGCCCUUAACUGCACUGUUCAUCUUUGGUGCUGUCAGUAUCGGAUUCAUCCUGAUUAUGAUUGUGGUUUCGCAUCAAAAGAAAUUGAUGGUGAUUUUCUUGCCUCCUGUUCCUGGACCAAAAAUGAAAGGAAUUGACCCAGUUCUUCUACAGGGCCAUCUUACUGAGAUUACAUCAAUCCUGGGUACUCACCCAGGCCUGCGACCAGAGUUAUACAGUAAUGACCCAUGGGUGGAGUUUAUAGAGGUAGACAUCGAGGAACCCACCGAGACCAUGGAAGGCUAUGACACUUCGCUCCAUAUUGGCAACUCCCCCCCGGUGUCCGGUGGUUUCCGGGAUGAUGACUCGGGUCGUGCAAGCUGCUGUGACCCGGAUCUGUCAGAUCACGAUCACACCAACAUUCAUCACUCUUCAACCAGUGGCCAUGAGGGGUUUCAAACUCUGUCUCCAGCUCAGCCAGGAACUUUGCGACCAGUGAUUAUUCAUGCUGCUGGAAGACCUGCUUGGCCAAGCAGCCUGUAUUCUCAAGUGACUGAAGUCACACCACAUGGUGUGGUGAUACUGUCUCCAGAGAAACAGAAUAUGACCGAUGACUGCAGCAACCAAUAUGAAGCUCCAAAGAAUGAGAAGACCGAGGAGGAGAGGAAACCCAGGCUGAUGGCAGCUCCCAAUGAAAGAGGUUACACCUCAGAGCUGGAUACGAGCAAAAUCAAUGUGCCUCAUACAGAAGGAGAGCAUGGUGAGCCCAGUUUGCCUUCAACAGAAUCAUCCUCUUCUGCUGAGCAAAGGCAUGGUGCUUUGCAGGAGCAUCUUAGCCUUACUGUGGAACCAUUUGCCUUUCCUAUCCUUGCCAUGCCAAAUCCUCCAGAAUACACCAUGGUUGAUGGAGUUGACUGGAAAAACAGUAUUUUUUUGAAACCAAACAAGCCAGCAGCCCCUCCCCUUGCUGUUGUGAAAGAUCCUGAGGGAUAUCUUACUCCUGACCUACUACAUAGAAUUACUCCACAGUAAUUAAAGGUGCCUCUGCCAGGAAUGGUUCCAGAUGGGUUUUGAUCAAGAAUGUAUUUGUUAAGGGGCAUAAGACAGUGUUAGCCAGCUCCAAACACAUUCGGUUCCAAGAGACUAGGCCAAAAAGUGCUCAUGUGGGAGCCAAGCAGAUUUAUCUUAUGGAACGUUCCUAAUUACUCAGACAAUCUUAAAUGUGAUGUAUGUGACUAUUUGGAAUUUCACUUAAGCAUUUUAAGAGUUUUAUGAUGUAGAUGUUUUGAUGUGAACACAUAAGAUUCUUUGUUUAAUUCUGUAUUUAAUUCUUAACUCCAUUACUUAGACUAAUUAACUAUUACAGCACUUUUGAUCCUGUAUCUGACCUGUGGCUAUUUAAGUAAGUACUAUUUGUUUCUAGUAAUCUUAACUUCAUUUCCAUUAAAAUGGAAUUGAAUUCCUAAGGGACAUUUUUAUUUCACCUAGGCCGCCUUGUUUCUGGUAUACUUAUUAUAGAAUAUAUUUUGGUCAUAAAUGCAAGUAGACCAAUGCAGCCUUUUUUUUUUUGUGUGUGUGUGUGUGUGUGUGUGUGUGUGUGUGUGUGUGUGUGUGUGUGUAUCCCCACGCUAGCCCACGUUAGUAGGCAAGUUUGUACAAAACUGGAAAAGUUUUAAUUUGUGUGACUCCAAACGUGGUCUGUGGAAAUGUACAUAAUAUUUUUAAUAAUAAAACAUCAAAAUGUAUGUGA